AUGCCAUUUCGUGGUAUGAACGCCGAGUUCGAUGGGUCCAUGAUGCUGGAAACCCCUUCUCCAUCUCUGACCUCGCCGAUGACUCGCCGACACGCCGCCUGUCUUCGCUGCCGGCGUCGGAAACAACGAUGCGACGGGCAGCUCCCCGCUUGCGCCAACUGUUCUCGGGCCGGAGCCGAUUGCCUCCAAGGAGUGACAUCUCAUAGCCUAUCGCGUAGUCGCAUAUACUAUCUCGAGAACCGAGUGAAAGAGCUCGAGGGAUACGAACAAGCCCGCGGUAGGAACGUCAGUUCGUCCUCUGAGAGCUUCGUGGGUAAUAUAGAUGAGAGCACGGCUGUACAUCGCCGCACAUCGCCAGCCCGCGUGGUCGAGAGACCGGACUUGUCUUCGCAGCAUGUUCAAGUACCAGAAUCAUCACCGGUGACUCAAUCACCACCAGGAUCCGUCCCUGGAAGCAUCACUAGGGACCAGCCAAUAGCGCACGAAGUCGGACUACUAUCUCUGGCAAAUGCCACCGACCCAAAAUACCUUGGACCCUCGUCGGGAGUGGCCUUCGCGCGAUUAAUCUAUGCGGGUGCCCCGCAGUCUCAAGGGCUGCCCUUAUCCCAUAUUGACACGUUUAAUACCUCCCAAGCGCAGAGAUCACUGCCCCCUCAACCAAUAGAAGCCGUUGAUCUUCCUCCGCUUGCUGAAUGCCAGCAGUAUGCGGAGGCCUCUUUUGAAGCGAUUCUUUUUCUACCAUUUCUAGCGUACGAUGAUGUCUUCACGCUCUUGGAUCACGUACAUGCCUUCAACAAGACCGGGUCAUGGAGCCACGAUAUGCCGAUAACCAUCGCAUUUGCCCAAGUAUUCUUAGUGCUGUCUCUGGGCGCUCGGUUGCUCGAGACGAAAUUGAAAAGUUCAUUCAAUUCAAGCCCGUUACUCGAAUCUGGCAUGCGCCUUUAUCAUCCCGCUGGACUGAAUGCAUGGCAUUUAGUACAUAUCAUAAUCGCAAGUUGUCUGGAUCUGGGUCUUCAGCGCCGGGUCAACCGACCAAGAACAGCUGAAACAGAGGUACAGCGCAAGCGACGCUAUAUUCGGAGUGGUGUAUUCUGGUCCGCGUAUUCACUCGAUCGGAGUCUUACAACCAUUCUUGGCCGUCCGCUCACCCUGAGAGAUGAGGCAAUUGAUGCGGAAUUCCCUGGUAUGGACCAAGGCUUUGAAGCGGAAAUGGGCGCGCUCGAAUGGCCUCACUCUGGAAUCAAUGGCAAAGAAAACGGGAUAGGUCCAUAUUUGGCAUGCAUUUAUUCGCUACGAUUCGACCGCAUUGUGGCUGAAAUCAAACUGAUGCUGUAUCGGGUGUCGCGUUCCCCCAGUCGAUUUCCAUGGCCCACCAAUAUGGAUCAUUGGCAGAGUGAAGUGGAAGCCUCGUGCCAUUCUCUUCUUGAGGAAGCUGAGAACCGUCAAAGGGGCCGUCACAAGGGAGAUGCAGUCUCACUGUCGCUUCUAGCUGUACAGAAGCUGCAAUUGAAGCAUCACCAAUGCAUGAUGCUGCUUUACCGACCCAGUCCUCAGAUCACUCGACCUAGUCGCCAGGCAACUGAAAAGUGUUUCAACAGUGCUGUUGAAAUUAUUCGCACAUCCGCCGACCUUCAUCGCUUUAAGAAUAUGGAUUGCACGUGGUUGUCCGCGCACUCAAUAUUUGUAGCCGCAGUCACCGUGUUCUAUUACAUUUGGGCGAAGCACGAAGGGAUAGCUUCUAUGGUUUCCCCGCGGUGUCUCGAGGUAUUGGAGACCGCGCCCCAAUUACUCCGGUCUUUGAGUGAAACAUGGCCCGUUGCAAAGGAAGCGUCUGGAAAAUUAGAAAGUCUGAUAUCUGCAAUCAGGGACAGUCCAGACUUGCUUUCUCAACAGGGUCCAUCCAACGAUAGGUCCCAGGCUGCAAACGGCACGGGGUGUCAUGGUGCUAGCGCUGAGGAUAAUAUCAGUAACAAUGGAAACCAAACAGACUCCUGGUCCCAGCAAGGCGCUCACUCUCUAGUAGAUGAGCUUGGAAUCUUACGAGAUUUCUUUGACCUGGGCUGGUUGGAUACUGUUACAUUGGAUCCUCUGCCUUUUCCUGUCAGUUAA